AUGAUCGCAACUCUCGCUCCUCCGCCUCCACCUCCCUACUGCUCCGACAUCGGUCAAAUCGAUAGACACAACCUCAUCGUCGCAUUAUGUCUCUACUUUGGUAUGAUCAUCUCAUACCUUCCUCAACACUACCGUAUCAUCUCUCGUAAGAGCUCGGAGGGGAUUAGUCCGUGGUUUCUCUUGUUGGGGGUUACGAGUGGAACGUGCGCGACGUUGAAUAUCGUUGUGUUGCAGAGUAAGGUUGUUGGAUGUUGUCAGUUUCUGUCAUUCGGGCAAUGUUUCGCGGCGUCGUUAGGAGUCGUCCAUCUCUGUACGCAGAUGGUUAUGUUUACACUCAUUCUCGUCUUCUUCCUCCUUUACUUCCCUCGCACCUCUCCUCUCCCCCUCGCAGCAAUCUCCCUCCCAACCCCCCCAAGCAGCGAAUACGGCGACGCUUACCCCGCCGCCCCCGAACGCACACCCCUUCUCCCAUCAACACUCAAAGCAUCCACCACAACCACCUCCGAAUUCCGCCUCGGCAUCUUCGUUGCACUAUUCUGUUUCUUCCACUUCGUCAUCUGUGCCGGGGUUAGCAUCAUCCUCGUCCGCGCUUACUCAACGCACACCGCGCGUCUCUGGGCAAAUUACCUCGGUCUCUGUGGGGCUGCGUUGAGUGCUGGUCAAUACAUCCCCCAACUCUACCGCACCUGGCGAAUCAAACAAGUCGCCGCCCUCUCAAUCCCAAUGAUGAUGAUCCAAACACCCGGGGGAUUCCUGUUCGCGUGGUCACUUGCCCGAAGACCUGGGACGGACUGGAGCACGUGGUGUAUUUUCGCGGUUACGGCGGGGUUGCAGGGGGUGUUAUUGGUGAUGUGCUUGUGUUGGGCGUGGAAGGAGAGGACGGAGAGGGUUAGGAAGGGGAAGGCGAGGGGGAGGGUUAAUGGGGAGGAGGAGGGAAGUGAUCAGGAGGAGAGGAGGGGUGUUUUGUCGUGA